AUAUAUAGAAAGAUAUAAACCCCAUCGCCGCCUCGGAGUGUCAAAAAACUCACACAUUCAAGUAAAAGAAAACUCAGUUGCCGGAAAUGGCCACUCCGGUGAGUCUACUCUCCCUUUCUCUCCUUCUCGCCUUCUGUUCAAUGUCGGAAGCGACCGAUCUCAUUCUCACUCUCGUCAACAAUUGUCCCUUCACCGUCUGGCCGGCAAUCCAACCCAACGCCGGCCACCCCGUUCUCGAGCGCGGCGGCUUCGCCCUCCACACCUUCACUCACCGCUCUUUCCCCGCGCCGGCCACCCACUGGUCCGGCCGAAUCUGGGCCCGAACCGGCUGCACGGACUCCUAUGGCCACUUCUCCUGCGCCACCGGCGACUGCGGCGGCCGCCUGGAGUGCAACGGCUUGGGCGGCGCAACGCCGUCCACCCUCGUCCAGCUGGACCUCCACCACGGCCACGCCGACUUCUCGUCCUACGCCGUGAGCCUCGUCGACGGCUUCAACCUGCCCAUGACGGUGACCCCACACGAAGGCAAGGGAGUAUGUCCGGUGGUGGGGUGCCGGCCGAACCUCCUCGACACGUGCCCGCCGCCGCUCCACUUCCGGUCCAACGGCGGACACGGUCCGGUGGUGGCGUGCAAGAGCGGGUGCGAGGCGUUCAAGACGGACGAGCUCUGCUGCAGGGGACAUUUCAACAGUGUGCAGACGUGCACGGCGUCGGACUACUCGAAGUUCUUCAAGAGUGCUUGUCCGGAGACGUUCACGUACGCGCACGACGCGCCGUCGCUGAUGCACCAGUGCUCGGAGCCGCGGGAGAUAAAAGUUAUUUUCUGCCACUAAUUAAGUGUUUACUGCGGAUCGGAGCAGAGCAUUAAUUAAUAAUGGGGGAAGUGGAAGGUUAAUUGCGUUAUUAUUAGUAUAAUUAAUCAUGUGCGUCUUUUUUGUACUAGUAAUGUUUUAUUUGGAAGGGCAUUUUGGGAUAGUAUUUUAUGGUAUUUUGGUAUGGUGGAACUUUUUGUAUUGAUGGUGAUGAUUGUGUCUGAGGGCAAGCACGUGGGUGCUUUGCUUUCUUUAUCAUUUCGUCUUGUGAUAAUAAAAAAAAAGGGUCCACUUU